AUGGGCGUCGAUGAGAAGGUUAGAAACUCGGGCGAUUCGCCGCGAGACCAGAGCGGGCCGGUCCUCCCCACGGUCAACCAGGACACGGAGAAGCCUCAACCACCAAAGGCAACCAUGCACCCGGCGCUCUAUGUCGUCUUCUGGAUCGCAUUGAGUUCCUCCGUCAUCUUGUUCAAUAAAUGGAUUCUACACACAUUGAAAUUCGGUAAGAUAUCCGGCACGGUGCUGCGGACCGCGUUCCUUGCUAAGACGAAGCCAGAAUAUCCUGUCAUCCUCACAACCUACCACUUGACGUUUGCAACUAUCAUGACCCAGAUCCUCGCCCGGUACACCACGCUUCUCGAUGGCCGAAAGACAGUGAAGAUGACGGGCCGGGUGUAUCUGCGCGCCAUCGUGCCGAUCGGCUUUUUCUUCAGCUUGAGUUUGAUCUGCGGUAAUCUGGCAUACCUCUACCUGAGUGUUGCCUUCAUCCAGAUGCUUAAGGCAACUAUGCCCGUCGCUGUUCUCAUCUCCAGCUGGUCACUCGGCGUCUCGCAACCGAACUUGAAGGUCUUCCUAAACGUGUCUAUGAUCGUCGUGGGUGUCGUUAUCGCCUCGUUUGGCGAAAUCGAGUUCGUCGUGGUCGGCGUUAUGUGGCAACUCGGGGGCAUCGUGUUUGAGGCUCUCCGCCUGACCAUGGUGCAGCGUCUUCUUAGCUCCGCCGAGUAUAAGAUGGACCCCUUGGUCUCGCUUUACUACUUUGCACCGGUUUGCGCGGUCAUGAACGGCGUCAUUGCCCUCUUGUGGGAGGUUCCCAGGGUUUCGGCCGAGGACUUCCAGCGAGUUGGCCUCCUCACAUUCUUCCUGAACGGCCUUUGCGCGUUCCUGCUGAACGUCUCUGUUGUCUUCCUGAUUGGUAAGACAUCGUCACUGGUCUUGACCCUCUGCGGCGUUCUGAAGGACAUCAUGCUCGUCGCGGCAUCGAUGAUUAUCUGGGGCACCCAGGUCACCGGCCUCCAGUUCUUUGGAUAUGGCAUUGCCCUCUCCGGCAUGGUCUACUACAAGCUGGGGUACGAGACGCUGAAGGGCUAUGCCGGCGAGGCCGGCCGCCAGUGGGCCGAGUUUGGCAACAACCGACCCGUUCUCCGCAAGAUCUCGAUCAUACUUCUCGUCCUUUUGGUGCUGUUCGUGGUGCUGGGCGGUCUGGCUCCUCCUGAAAUGGCCCCCCGCCAAUACUUUAACCAGGCCACGAACAAGAUGGGUAUUUCAACCGAUUGA